ACAAAUUGAAGGCAUAUUUAAUAAGUCAAGUAGGUUUAUAGGAAAACUAUUGUCACAACACUGCCGCCUCAAAUUGUUUAACUGUCAAUUUAUGAAUGAAACGACCAGAUGGGUCACCUAUUCAGAAGCUUGAAGUGUUUCAAGGAUGUAAUGCGUAUUGUUUAAUUGAGUGGGUGUGGCCGGUGAGUGAUUCAUAAUGGGGGAAGUGUGUCUAAAAUAAAUACACAGGCAGAAAACGGAGCGCUUGAUCACAGUUCGUCGUGCUCGAUCGACGCACCGCGCGAGACUUUUGACACCGUCCCCAGCACGCGCGUUUGCGCCCAGAACUUCUGAUCUUCUAAUCUUUAGGAACGAACUAAAAAGGAAUAUGGAUACCUUACGAUUUGGAGUCGUUUUCGUUCAUUAUCUCGUGUUACUCAAGGUGUGCAGUAGCGCUUCUUUGGACAGGUAUGAGAGCGACAAACCCAGAACAACAGUGGUCAACCUCUUUCACACCUUUGAGGAAACACGCACAGCGGGUCAUCACGAGGUGGAUAGGGGGUCGCACCUGGAUGAAAAUGAACUUGAUGAUGAUUAUUUAUCUGGGGAUUAUGAACUUAAUCAGCCUAGAGUGGAAUUUUCUACAAAACCCAAACAUCCGUCGAUGGUGCCCAUUACUGAGAACAAUAGAAAAGUCAGAAGGAAAGGAAAACGAAAGGGCAAGGGGAUGAAGAAGAACCCCUGUCUGUGGGAAUACAAAGACUUCUGUAUUUAUGGAGUGUGUCAGUAUCUGAGGCAUUUGCAUGCUCAUUCUUGUGUAUGUGAAGCAGGUUAUUCGGGGGAGAGGUGCCAUCUAUUCACCUUACCAGUAGCUAGGGAGGAACAACUUUACAGUCGGACCACAGCUCUAGCUGUCAUGGCAGUGGUUUUGUCACUCCUGUGUCUCUCAAUCAUUGGUAUUCUGCUGCUUGGGUACCACAAAAAAAGUGAUACUGAGGUGAAGGGUGAAGAAAAGGUCAAACUUGAGACAACAUCGGUGAAGCAGUGAUUGAGGAGAAAGGAGGCUUAAAUGCCAAGUGGACAUGUGACAUGUGACCCAUGGAGGGAAAGGAUUAUGGAGUAAACAUUAAUGUCCUACUGGAGCUUGACUGUCAUUUUUAAUGGGGAGACAUGUCCCCUUCACUUUUAGAAGUUUCUGCUUUUGUACUUUUCUAAGAUCCUUGGUCCCUCCACACUUUUCAAAAAGAUUUUCUACACCCCAGAUGUCCUGAAAAUGCGAUGGCUCUCAACACUUUGUACACCGCUUCCAUGUGUGGAGCAAUGACCUUCGCACUUCUGCUCCUGGAGAACACAGAGAGAGGACUGUGUGCUUGAGUUACUGUGAAAGGAACUGCAGUACCUAAUGAAUGUAACUUUGUAGCUGCAUCAAUAUGUGCUCAAUCAAGUUUCAAAUUGUGUUUGUUGCUUAUUUAUUUUGAAAAGGAUGUUUCUCCUUCAUCCCAUCUGUCAACAGUACUGUGUGAAACAACACUGCUCUUGUAAUUAUUUAUUUAUAGUGUAUUAGUUAUUUAUUUUGAUAUAUAUAAUAGUUUUGUUUACUGAAUGCAAUGGAAGAUUUAUAAAUGUGUUUUUAAUGCAUAUGUAUUUAUUGUUGAUUGAUGCAAUCAAGAUAUUUUCUAAUAGGUCUGUUAUUGGGGGGUGCGCAUCAUUCUACACCAGCACAUUUAGAAGACCCUCUAAUUUGUGUCUGUAAAGUUUUUAUAACCAUAUAGCUAUACUGUGGAAAAAUACAGACUUGCAAAUCUCUAUAAAUGCAAUCAAACAUUAUGUAGUGUGUGUGUGUGUGUGUGUGUGUGUGGAAUCAUGUCAAACACCCAGGGGUUUUGACACUAUACUUAGUGGGUCUUUGUAUUACUGAGAAAAUGUAGCUUAAAUUAAGUGAAAAAGUAUUUCUAUGGUUUGUUCAAUAUAAAAUGGCACAAUUUCAGCCACUAAUAUCAAACAACCAAGCAAUGGCAGUUUAAAGCAAUGUUUUAAUGUUGUUUUUCUUUAAUAAAUUCUUGUU